AUGUUCAAGGAAACGUUAGAAUAUUCAAAUGGGAGGUACUACGUGACAUGGCCAUGGAAGAAUGACAAUAUUGACUUACCAGUGAAUAGAUAUUUAGCUUUUGCUAGACUAAAAUCGUGUGUAGCAAGAAUGAGAAAGAAACCAGAAUUACUUGAAAAAUAUAAUUCUGUUAUUCAAGAUCAAUUAGAUAAAGGUAUAGUUGAAAAAGUGGAAGAAGAUAGUACAGAGGGAUUGAAACAUUAUAUUCCACAUCAUGCUGUUAUAACGCCAAAUAAAACGACGACGAAGUUGAGAAUAGUCUAUGAUGCGUCAGCAAAACCUAAUAAUGACGUCAAUAGUCUAAACGAGUGCCUAUAUCGCGGACCAGUCCUUUUACGGAAUUUUUGUGGAAUAUUCAUGAGAUUUCGUUUAAAUCAAGUUGCAAUUGUUGCUGACAUAGAAAAGGCAUUUCUCCAGGUCGGAUUAUAG